GGAAAACAUUUGUCAAUUAAAAUCGUCAUCUGAUGCUGAAGCCGACCAAUGUCAGCGAGCUCCGGCAUACGCCGUCGAAAUGUCCCUUCAGCCGCUGACCCCGAGACAUUUCCCACAUCCAGUGCUCUGGAGACGCUCAAGCGAUUCGAUGUUUACAACAAGGUCCAUGAUGACUUUGUCCAGAAACGACAGAGUGGCGGAGCUGUCACCUUGGUCACUGCCGCCAUCUUGGCAAUGCUUCUCUACUGUGAAGUUUAUGAAUUCUUCUCUGUGGAGAUUUUGCACAGUAUCACAGUUGACACCUCAAUCGAUCGGAAGCUGCCGAUUUCUUUAGACAUGACCUUUCCUCACUUGCGGUGUUCCGAGGUGUCAGUGGACACAGUGGAUUCCGCCGGGGAUACUCAGGUGGAUGCUCAUGGUGGUCUUCAGAUGCACAACUUAGAUGCAGCGGGGAAAAUGUCCCAAGGUGACCCCGUUGCCGGGCCUGGAGACUGUUGGUCUUGUAUGGAAGCUGCAGAUGCGGAUCACAAGUGCUGCAAUAGCUGCCAGGAGUUGAAAAAUGCGUAUAACGACAAGGGCGUGCCAUAUUUCCACAUUCUGGACUCUGCGAUGCAGUGCAGAAGUUCUAUCGGGUGCAAGAUCAAGGGCAAGGUCACUGUAAACAAGGUCAGUGGAAACAUUCACGUGGCCUUGGGAAAAUCUGUUCAACGAGAUGGCAAAUUGGUUCAUGAGUUCAACAUCGAAGAUAUCGGUGAUGGCUUCAAUACCUCACACUACAUUGAUUCGAUUACUUUCGGAGAAUAUGUGGAAGGACUUCAGUCUCCACUGGUUGGAACCAGAAAAAUAGCUGGGGCAGGUUCAUGGAUGUAUCACUAUUACAUCAAGCUUGUUCCAACGGUAUACAUCAGCCGCUGGGGAACUACCACCUAUACCAACCAGUACUCAGUGACUGACAGCAGCUUGUUCUGAACGGAAUGCAGCUUGUUCUUUCGGGAUUCGGUGAAAUCGAAUGCCGAGUCACUCCUAGGUGCCAGAAAUGUCCAAGUCAAGGAGGGUGAAUUGUCUGGCUUGCCGGGCGUCUUCCUGGUCUACGACUUCAGCCCCUUUUUGAUGAAGCAAACUGAGUCGGUGAAGCCCUGGUCCUAUGUCUUCACAUCCAUUUGUGCCAUCAUUGGUGGCGCAUUUUCGGUGGCAACACUGGUGGAGAUGGCACUAAGCAGUGUUUUGGGUUGCCUGUAGUCGAUGGAUUUUAGCGCUGCAUUCAGCGAUUCCGAAUGCCAAAACAAUGGACAGCAAUGACUGGAUCCAAGUGCUAAUGUUGAUGAGACUAGAUUAGGAGCAAGAUGGAUCAAGAGCGAAGUGCUAUGGCAAA